AUGCGUUACUCCAUCAUCCUCGGGGCCGCCGCCCUUGUUGCUGCCAGCCCGGCUCCUCAGGCUUUCGACCCAAACGGUCUCGAUGCUGUUGCUACUCUCACUCAAGGCCCUCCCGUUGGUGUUGGCCCAGCUCAGGAGACUGCCUACCAGCCGGGAGCCGCGCAGUCCCAGGCUGCUGCUGCCGCCACAGCUACUGCUAUCGCGCAGUCGGCCAAGAGGAGCAUCAAUGAAAAGUCUCUUAAGGCUCGCACCUUCUGGUGGUCAUGGCACUCUCUUAAGCAGAUCAGCCCAGCCCCUGCUCCUGUGCCCAGCGUCACAUCGACAACCUCAACUUCCACUGUUGUUCCUACCACCACGUCUGCUCCCGUAGUGGCUGCUCAGACCACCAAGGCUCCCUCUACCACUGACGGUGUCGUCCCCUCUUCUUGCACACCUGUCAGCUGGACCAACACCUACGCUUUCACCUCGGACUCUGCUUGUCCUACUGCCAUCGAGGUCGGCACAUACUGCGGCUUCAUCAACCCUGAUGACCCAUGUGCUCCUCAGCCAGCCGGCAAGGGCGUCCCCCCCACCGACGACACCGUCAACGGAUUCUUGAACAACGAUGCCUACAAGCAGCUCGCUGUCGGAGCCCAGACUCCCUCUGGCUACAUGCAGUCUUUCGUCAACCUCCAGGGCGCCACCACCGGUAACGGCUACCUCUCUUACAAGACCCUUGACAGCUACGACGUCGCUACCUGCAGCAAGUUCUGCGACGACAGCGACACCUGCACUGGCUUCAACAUUUACAUCGAGCGUGACCCUAAGUGGAACCCUCACCAGUGCUCUUGCGACAACCCUCCUUCCACCAUCAACUACAAGUGUUCCAUCUGGGGUCAGAAGCUUACCAAGGACACCGCCACCAACACUGGUUCGGGCCGUGACAGCUUCCAGGUCGUCAUCACUGGGUCCAACGGUUACAACAAGGCCACCUACACCCCUCCCACUCCUCCCAGCUGCAGCAGGCCCCAGAACUGCGGCAAAAAGCUUCUCAACCAGGCCCCUUACUGCAUGGGCCAGAAGACUUUCCCCGGUCCCUUUGAUCCUUCUCUCUGCGCUGCUUACGCCCAGGCGCAGAACGCCAUCAACCGCAAGUUCGGUAUCAUUGGUGCUUUCCUCUCUCUGUUCGGCAUGAACAAGGGUGCCUGCAUCCAGUUCCAGGCUGCCUACCUCGAGAAGGCCGGCCUGGGUUUCGGUACCCACUGCCGUCUCUUCACCAAGAAGUUCACUCCCGAUCAGGCCACUCUUGACAUCUCGGUCGGCGGUACCUCCCAGUGGGGUUGCCAGCAGGCUUUCACCUGGGACGUCGAUGUCAACGCCAGCUUUACCUGGGGUGGCUGGAGCCGCAAGAACUAA